AUGUGGCUCCACGUAGCUGGGCUCUGCUCAGCGGCCACACCCCGGGCAACCGCCUCGACCGGCGGGCUGAACCAGGUGAGGGCGGUUACUCCCUGUGCGCGUUGUGCCGCGUGCACAGGGGACUGCGGACUCCGUGGACGGUUGGUCGGAUGGAACACCGCGUCGGCGCCGUCGUGACGAGGCUCUGUCUGGCACACCGCUGGUCAGCCGGUUGGUGGUGGAACGACGCAUCGGCAUCAUCAGGACGAGGCUCCGCCUGGUACGCCGUUGAUCAGCCGGUGGGAUGGAUCUCCGAAUUGGCACCGUCGACGCGCGCCCAUCUGGUGCACCGUAUGAGACCGCAGGCUUGCGGCAAUGCCGUAAGCCAUUGACAAAUUCGAGUCGUUCUUCCACUGCCAAAAAAACUCGUGGCCCACAGUGGAGUUCGGCCGCGCCGGCACAUCAAGCAGCCCCUAUUCAGGGGUCAGGGCACUGCUUCCUUCGGGGGGGCCUGGAAAAGCUGGCCUAAAAAUGGCUGGGGAACCACGUCGUCUGCUGGCGCACCGUGGUCGCAGACGCAAAACUCACGGUCGAAACAAUCAAACUCGAGACAACAGCAACAACCAUACUCACUCUCCUCAUACUACCUCUUCUAACUCUACUUCCGUCUAUUCUUCUGCCUAUUCUCCUCCAUCGUCAUCUUCUUAUCCACCUCCUUCCCGUCGCCCCACUCGUUUUCCCCAGACUGACAGGGUGAGCCCGCUCACUCUGGCAGCCUGGAAUGUUCGUUCCCUUUUAGACAACCCGAGGAGCAACCGACCGGAACGGAGGACGGCGCUAGUGGCACGAGAACUGGCGCGCUACAAGGUGGACAUCACCGCACUCAGCGAGACUCGAUUCUCCGAACAAGGCCAACUGGAGGAGGUGGGUGCCGGUUACACCUUCUUCUGGAGUGGUCGACCCAGGGCAGAGCGACGAGACGCGGGUGUCGCCUUUGCCAUCCGGACCGACAUCGUGGGACGACUACCCUGUUUGCCGCAGGGAAUCAACGACCGCCUAAUGAGCCUCCGUUUGCCCCUCCGGCGAGGAGGCAAGUUCGCCACCAUCAUUAGCGCCUACGCUCCGCCGAUGAGCAGCCCCGACGCCGUCAAAGACAAAUUCUACGAGGACCUGCAUGCCCUCUUGGCGACUGUGUCGAAGGCGGACAAGUUGAUUGUCCUUGGCGACUUCAACGCCCGCGUCGGCACAGACCAUACUGUCUGGAGGGGAGUGCUGGGCCCCCACGGUCUCCGCGGCUCCAACGACAACGGCCUGCUUCUCCUUCGCACCUGCGCAGAACACCGCCUCACCCUGACGAAUACCUUCUUCUGUCAGCCGGAGCGAGAGAAGGCCACCUGGAGGCAUCCUCGGUCACGUCAGUGACACCUGCUGGACUAUGUCCUCGUCCGGAGGCGAGAUCAGCGGGACGUGCUGGUGACGAAGGCGAUCGCGGGUGCUGACGGGUGGACCGACCAUCGCCUCGUCAUCUCGAAGAUGCGUAUUCGCCUACAGCCUCGCAGGAGACCACAAGGUAAGCGACCCCCAGGUAAGCUGAAUGUUGCUUUGUUGUCUUUGCCUGCUCACCGUCUCCAUUUCAGCAAUGAGCUAGCUCAACGGCUAGACAACCUUCCUAUCGCUGCCGCCGCCGACGACGCCGCCGCCGCCGCCGCUGCCGAGAACGCCUCCGUGGAGAACCGCUGGUGUCAACUGCGAGACACGGUCCAGUCGACGGCGCUCGCCGUCCUCGGUCGCGCUCCUCGCCAACACCAGGACUGGUUCGACGACAACGACGCCGCCAUCAGAAAUCUGCUUGCUGAGAAGAACCGCCUACACAAAGCCUACGUAGAUCACCCCACUGAGGACAACAAAGCUGCCUUCUACCGCAGUCGCCGACAGCUUCAACAACGACUGCGCGAGAUGCAGGACGCCUGGACUGCUCACAAAGCUGAGGAGAUCCAAGGCUACGCGGACCGCAACGAAUGGAAGAAUUUCUUCUCUGCGAUCAAAGCUGUCUACGGUCCGCCGACGAAGGGCACUGCUCCUCUCCUCAACGCCGACGGCAGCACUCUCCUGACUGAGAAGACGCAAAUCCUACAGCGGUGGGCCGAGCACUUCCGAGGCGUCCUCAACCGCCCUUCCGUCAUCUCCGACGCCGCCAUCGCCCGCUUGCCGCAAGUGGAGACCAACGCGGACCUCGACCUCCCGCCAUCUCUUCAGGAAACCAUCAGGCCGUUCAGCAACUCUCCAGCGGGAAGGCACCCGGAUCGGACGCAAUCCCUGCUGAGGUCUACAAGCACGGAGGUCCCCUACUGA